AUGAACUCGGGCGAGCCAACAUCCACCCGGCCGUUGACCUACGUCAUCAUCCCUCUCCUGGCCCUCUUCGUCAUCUGCUCGGUAGGCCUCUUCUUCCACGUCCGGCGCCGCCGCCGCCGCCUCAUCGCCGCCGACAGCACGAUAUGGGGCCGCGGCCGCUGGGUGACGCGGGACGGCACCCUCGUCUUCGUCCCGCGGCACUACAGGCGGAGUCCCUGGGGCGGCGGCUUUCCCUCCCAGGAGGGCCUCAACGAGCUGGGAGAGGCGCCGCCGCCGUACAAGUCCAACAAGGUGUUGCUCCCGGGGUCCGAGGGGCAGGGGCAGGGCGAGGGCGGCACGCCUGCGGCGGCGGCGACCGAGUUGAGGGAUAUGGAGGAGGGGAGGAGGCCGCCUGAGUAUGUUGACGUGGCGGAGCCGGCGGCGGCUGUUGUGGCGGAGUCGAGGAGGAUGGGGGUUUGA